AUGAAUGUCCCUGCUGAUGUUCGGGCAGAGGCGAUUUCUAUUGUAUACAAAUUUAUUCUAAGUUUAGACAAAUCCUUAGCCGAAGAAUUUUUAAAGAAAGCUAAAUCGAAACCAAGCACUAAAAAGUUGCCAAAUUUGACUGAUAUUAUUAUUCAAUAUAAGAAACUGAAAAAUAAUAAUGUUAAACAAGCAGAAAGUUCCGAUGAUUCCAGUGAUGAAAAAGAUAAGUCAAAAAAGCCUGUUCAAGUUAAUGGCAAGGCACUAACAACAAAUAACAAAAAAGAAUCGUCAGAUUCGGAUAGUUCUGAAGAUGAAAAACCACCUGCAAAAUCAGCUAAUACAAAAGCAUCUACAAACCUUAAACCACCAAUUAAAAAGACUGAAUCAUCUGAUGACAGUGACAGCAGCGAUGACAAUGCUACAGCUCAGCCUAAAAAACUGCCAGUAAAACCAAAAGUAUCAAAUGUUACAUCAAAAGUAAUUAAAAAGCAAUCAUCCUCUGACGACAGCAGCGAUGACGAACCCAAAACACAGAAUAAAACAAAUGUUUUAAAACCAACUGUGAAACCACCUACUAAACCCACUAAGGCAAAUGAUUCCUCAGAUGAUAGUUCUGAUGACAGCGAUAACAAACAACCUAUACCGCAACAAAAAGUGACUGCAAAACCAAAAGCACUAUCUGCGAAGCCAACACCUGGAAAAAAUGCUGUAAUCGAAAAAGAAUCUUCUGAUAGUGAUGAUAGCAGUGAAGAUGAUAAAAGUAAGAAACCAGUAGCAAAGCCCCCUAUUAAAUCAGUUCCUGUGAAAAAACAAGAAUCUUCAGAUGGCAGUUCAGAUGAUAGUGACGAUGAAAAACCUCCAAAUAAAAUCACUACACAGCCUGCUACAGUCAAUGCUACCAAGGCAGCCGCUGUUAAAAAGCAAGAAUCAUCAGAUAGUGAUAGUAGUGAUAACAAAUCCAAGAAAAUUCAAAAAUCAAAUCAAAAACCUAGUGGUAUGACUAAACCAGUUGUAAAAGCAUCAGCACCUAAACCUCAGGUAUCUUCUGAUGAUGACAGCGAUGACAGUGAUGACAGUGAUGAUGUAAAGCCUAAAGCAGUUCAGAAAGCUUCAACAAAACCACAAGCCACUCCAGCCAAAAAGCCAAAUAAAUUAGAAACACCUAAAGCAACCAAAGCAUCAUCCUCUGAAGAUAGUGAUGAGGAUAGCAGUGAUGAUGCUAGCAAAAAGCAGCCCAAACCAGUCCCUAAACUUCAAACUACUCCAGCCACAAAAGUUGUUACUAAAAAACAGGAGUCAUCAUCAGAAGAAAGUGAUAGCAGCAAUGAUGAUUCCAAAAAACCUCAAAAGCAGAUCUUAAAACCUGGUAACAAGCCUAAUAUAAAAUCUACACCAGCUAAAAAACAAAAAUCAUCUUCUGAAGACAGUGAUGAUAGCAGUGAAGACGAGAAAACAAGCUCUUCUAAGCAGAAUUUAGCCAGCAAAGUUCAAACUCCUACUACAAAGAUGGCUUUAAAAACACCUGUUAAAAAGAAGGAAUCUUCAGAUGAUAGCGAUGACAGCAGUGAAGAUGAAGGUUCAAAAAUUGUACAAAAAACACCAUCAAAACAAGCAACAACACCAGCAAAAGUAUCUGUUAAAAAAUCAUCAUCUGAGGAUGAUAGCAGUGAAGAUGAAGAGCCAAAGAAAGUCAACCCUUUAGUAAAUACACCAAAAACACCAGUAAAUCCUAAAUGUAGCAAAAAGGAUUCAAGUGAAGACAGUAGUGAGGAAGAUGAACCUCAACAAACUAAACAAUCAAAAAAAGCAGCAUCAUCAUCCUCCGAUGACAGUGAUGAUGAUGGUCCACCAGCUAAAGUAACCAAGAAAGAAAAAUCUGAAAAUGAGCAGACUGCACAAAAUGGUUUCCAAAGUGGUAAAAAAAGAAAAGCAUCUGGUGGUGAUCCAACUCCAGCUAAAAAACCAUAUAGUAACUUUGUAAAGGAGGGCGAGGACCAAAAUGGUGAGGAAGAAGAUGUCGAAUCCGAAAAUAACAAAUCGGGCAGUUGGCAAGAUCGGGGGCAAGGCGGGUUUAAUCGUGGCAGGGGAGGUCGUGGUGGUUUUAAAGAUAGGGGGGUAGAGGAGGCUUUAGAGGUCGAGGAGGUUUCAAUGAUAGAGGUGGAAGGGGCGGAUUUGGCGAUAGAGGUGGAAGAGGAGGAUUUGGCGAUAGAGGUGGGAGGGGAGGAUUUAACGACAGAGGUGGGCGAGGAGGCAGAGGAGGUCGGGGUGAGUGGAGCUCGUGGAUCGUGGGGUGAACGUGCUAAUCUAGACUUGAAGCACACACGUGGCAAGUCUUUCAAACAUGAGAAGACAAAGAAGAAAAGAGGUUCUUACCGUGGGGGUGCUAUAGACACAGGAGUCCAUUCUAUUAAAUUUGAAGAUUAA